GUGAGGCGCGUUUCGUCCAGUAGGACACAUGCACCGAAUGUAUUCAUGCGUAUAUAAUCAUGUCGAAAUCCGACAAGUGUUGUCGUUUCGAAUCGGCAGUUCUAUCACUUAGUUCUAUUAUCGGCAGAUCCAAUCCUUUACGGUGAUAUUAAUGCCAAGUUGUUUCUUUCCCGUUCGAAUUAGUCAAAGGACUGCUUUGACGAUGCGGGGCGAUAUCCUCGUGGGUAGAGAUGAUUCCUAUGGUAUAUUAUUUCCCACUGCUAUGGCGUGCGCCCAAGAUGUGCCACGAAAAUUUCGAAAUUCUGAACAUCACGGACUCAAGCCGUUACCAGAUCAAACUACAGAAUCUAGCUACAGAUUAUGGCGACCGGAUUCUCUGCGAGGAGGACUGCCCGCCAGAAAAUUACAACGGCUUUCUGAACUGGGCCGAUAGUCGGGAGAUGUGCAAUGAUCCGACGCGCAUUUAUCAUUGUCCGUGCCAUGGCGCGGCGCGCUGGACCUGCGCCGUCGAUACGCAUCGUUUAACGGAGGGCACAAAUGGAUACCUGGAGACCUUCGGUUACUUGCGGGAUUUGGACAGUUUUGCCUGGCUGCCGGUUUGCGUUCCCGACAUCUACGAAGUGUCCGCUCUCUAUGGCGGGCUGUUGCCGACUCAGCGCCAGACACUGGAGCCCAACGGUACCACUCUGCUGGCCAGGCGACUGGCGCAGCUCACUGCCGUGGAAGCGAUAGCCACAGUUGUCUGCCGCUCUCUCGGUUUUGACUUCUUUCCCAAAUUUGGUUUCAUGCUGCCUUACGAACACAACUACGUCGCCAGCGCCACGGUAUACUUUCCCUUCCAUCUGCACUGCACCGGCUACGAAUUCCACCUCCGCGAAUGCACCAUGGAAGACUCCGACGACAAACACUGCAACGCCGGCGUUCCCCUGCAUUUCCGUUGCACGGACGGUAAUCGGGAUCCCAACACUGUUAAAUUCUCAACCCUCGUCGCGAUCAACUCGACCGUUACCACGAACUCCAGCCACAGCACCAAUUCCACCUUCUCCACUAACUCCACGCUUUCGUCUAACUCUACUCUUAUCCCAGACUCUGUCCUCAUAACCAACCCUUCCUCGAUACCGCGGGCCUUCGAGGUCUUCGAAAGCAAUUACGGCCGGUGGGUGCCGGUUUCGCGGAUGGGCUGGACGCCGACGGAGAACGAAAUGGCCUGCCAUUCCACUGGGAGGAUGGACGUCUUCGGCGCCCACCGGAUGUACAGUUGCUUGGAGCACCAUGACUAUUACACCACCCGUGGCAUUAAUCCGGUGUCCGGACAGUACCAGAUGAUGAUUGAUGGGGUUAACUAUCCGGUGGUGUGCGAUAUGACUAAAACAGAUCCCGGAUGGUUGCUUUUGUUCAACAACACAUUCAAUUGGUUCUGGUCCGAUGACGACGUGAUGAGGCUGCAUCCCUUUAACUAUACGACGUAUCAGAGCUACUCCAUUCUCGGAUUGGCUGACCAGAUUCUGAAGAGAUUUCCAGGGAAUAAAUACGAUAUCCGGAUUGAUGUUAACGGAAAAGGCGUGUUCAGCGACGGUGGGGGGAUCUUUCGAAUCCCCCGGACCGAGUCCCUGGUUUCAAGUGUCCCAAACCGUCCCAUGGAAACCAUCCAGAUUUCAGACAGCUUUCAAGAGCACCCAGAAUCCGGUUUCACCCUAGAAAUUCCCCAUCUUUCCAACUGGAGUCUGGGAUUGUCUCUGUACCGCAUGAGCGACAAUCGCUGGGGUUCUGGACCCUACGGUAACCUCAUUACCCGUAAUCCAGAUAUUGAAAGCGUUAAUGGAUGGGUUCCCGGAGAACGUCGCGAUCCCCGCUAUACCAGCUUAUGGAUUCGGGAAGUCCAUCAUGAUACUUCGUUGGAUAACUGCUCGUAUCCGCUUUACUUGUUUGAAAGGCGGGACUUCUCCAGAAGACAGUUGUACGCUUCUUCUAGUCUCCGAGGCUCUGAGGCUCGGGAGAGCGUUCUCUGGGGCGCCGGUUGGAUCCCGGGAUCCCUUCCGGCGCCUCCUGGACAAUGGAUCCAGGUAGAUUUGAUCGGAGAGCACCUUAUUUCCAAGCUGGUUAUUGCUGGCACCACACGGAUGGUGGUGGUGAAUGAGACGGCUGGGAUCAACCGGACUGACCACUACUAUGUCACAACAUUUCAGCUGAUGUACAAAUCGGCGUGGGAGGAACCUUUCCAAACGAUGAAAACAGUCUUCAAGGUAGAUCGGGCGGAUGGGAUUCAGCGGACAGUGAUCAAGCUAAAAAAACCGGUAAGGGGCCGGAUCUUCCGGAUUGUACCCGACGUGGUGGCGGUCAAUGGAACACAGAGAAUGGCGGGAUUGCGGUGGGGAUUAUACGGCUGCGGUUUAAACGCGCACCCGCUUUCCACGUACGCCAUGACUAAAACCCGCAGCCACGCCUAUCGGGUGGCCGGCCGGACUAAGUACGGUACAGGCUACGCCGCUCUCCUUAACGAAGACGAUUACCUGUCCCAUGCCAACUGUACUUUUACGUCAGUCGAACUGGACCUGACUGAGUAUGUGCACAUCGACGGGCUGGUGUUUGCCGGCAAUCCCUACCGCCCAGUGCGGAUCACCGGCAUCAAGGCGUACUACAGCGCCGAUGGCAGCCGUGAAGCGUUGGAUCACCAUUUGCACCACGUCAACGGCACCGUCAUCGCCGUGCAGGAGACAAUCUUUGCAAUGCUCAGCGAGAACGAGCCUCUAUACACUGUGCAUCCCGCCUUUGAGCCGGAUGCACGGCUUUUGCGGCUGCAGUUCGACAAGAACUGUCCUUUCCGUUUCGAGGUCAUUGGCAAAAGGAUCGAAGAUUACUGUGAAGUGCAGUUAAAUGUCGCAGCAGGCAGAUUUAAUGUCACUAUGUCAUCGCAAAAGGAUCGGUCGUCCGAGUUCAACAUAGACAAAGGAUUUUCGGCAUGGUUUCCCAAGACCAACAACUUAAAUGAGACACUGACUGUUGACAUGUUUAUGCCGCAUUCGAUAACGGCCAUCGGUGUCCGUGGGGUUCUCCAGGAUUGGUUGAAGAGUUUUGCUCUGUAUCAUGCACUGGCUAGAAACAACUGGACGUUAUAUCGCGAAUACAAUGUGACGGACAACCCGAUCGAGACACUGAUGAUACGACUGAACCCACCCAUUGAUCAGGCCCGCUUUAUUCGAAUUCAAAAUUUACAAACCAAAGAUCGCAUAGCGCUGCGACUGGAGCUCUUUGGCUGCACUAUUCCGCCUUCUAAGUCAUCCCAUUUUCCGGGCGUCAGUAUUCUGCGAAAGACCUCUUUGGUAUAUGACAACGUUACCAUCCCUGCGGGACAAGCAAAAUCUAGACGUGCCUGCUACAACGCUAUGUCAGCCGCCCAGCACGGCGCUUUCCUGUACUACUCGGAAUACGGUCGCUGCAGAGAAGCGCGCGCGCUCAACGACACCGCUGUUCUCGGCUUUCAGCGCGACGAGUUGUAUGACUUACACUGGCCUGACAAUGACGCGAAUCCAGACUGGGGACCGCGGCCCUUGAUCUCCCAUGUCGAAUGCCCGGAAACUGAGUCCCAUCUCAGUCAGUGCAAACUGCCGCAUAUCACCGACGACCCGGCCAACCCGUCAGCUCCCAUCAUCCCGGAAUGUGCAGUGUCCUGUGGACAUCCGGGGCGUAUCAGCUGUGCGCGAAAAUUUGGAUACAAUUAUUACUAUUCAGAAGUGGUAAAUGCGCCGGCGCAGAAUGUCUCGUAUCAGUGCCUGUACGACUAUUUGAACACACGGUCUCAAUGGAUUAAUCUGACGUGCCAACGUAAUGAAACAUGGACACCAUUUGCGGCGCAGUGUCCCAAGUACUGGAGUGACGACUUGACCGGGAAUCGGCCGCUGACAUUUUCGUCCAUCAGCAAUAUACACACAGCUAUGGCUAUGGCGUGGCCCAGUGGUAACGAAUGGACAACGGCGUCGUUGAGUUGCCGUAGUACACGACGGACGACGUAUCCGUACGUAACCGUGGAUAUGAUUGCCGCCAAUGAUGUGUACGGUGUGACCAUUGAUUUCGGGAUCGGUGAAGAGCUUCCGAAUGCGAACCUUAACAUCUACGUGACAAAUACACUCAACCCAAAAUACGCCCUCAACGAUCUCUGCCAUAGCCAGGUCCACGCCAAAAGCAAUUUCCGCCGCUGGCUGAACAUCGCCUGCCGCCACCCGGUCGUUGGGCGCUACAUUACGGUGCAGAUCCGCGAGAGCGAACCCGUCAAUCUAGUUAUUUGCUCCAUUCAAGCACGUGGGACCUCAUGUGGUCCAUAUGAAAACCUAGGGAUGGGCGGACAGGGCCGAGUGGCCCAGGCUACAAAAGUCAAACAGAGCUCGGCGGAAGAAUCUUCAUCCCCAGCAUUCCUAGCUAUUGACGGUCAUCACGUCGUCCCGGACGCAGAUCCAUACCGGAACAGCACGUGCUUCACAACCACUGAUACGCCUGGUUUUAUGACCAUAGAUCUCGGCAGUCAAGCGGCGGUGUAUGGCGUGACUCUGUACGGAGCCGGAGACGGGAAGAAUCUGAAUAUUACCGUUUCUCCCAUUUUAUCGGAGAAAUCUGACUACGUAUUCCAAAGCUGCUGGGACGGCACAAACGGAACAGCUAGCAAUGAGACGGAUGGCAGGGUGGUUAUUCCUUGCACGGACGGUCCGGUAUUUGGCCGCUACGUUACCGUCGGCAAGAUUAACAAAGGCCAAGGGCUUACUGUCUGUGAGGUGAAAGUGUGGGCCCGAAAUUGUUCUGAGCGCAUUAACCGUGCCCUCUAUAAACCGGUGCAGUAUAGCAGUGAGGGUGAGAGCGGUGUGUCCCCGUCUUACGCCACCGAUGAAGAGCCCCGCACCGCUUUCGCGACGGAUCCCGAAGGCAACCCGUUCUUGAUCGUUGACAUGGUCGGUACGUAUGUUCUCUCGCAUGUUGAGGUCGUCAACGGCCGGUACCCCUUAACGAAUCUCAACGUUUCCACCUCCAGCACGGGCCACAAGUGGGACAACUUCUCCGUGGCGUCUCAGGUGGCUUCCUCUGUUAAACCAGACGAAACGGUUACGAUGCGACUGUACCAAAACGCCAGCUGGGCGCGCUAUGUUUGGGUUGAGAUAUACAAUACCUCCAACCGCAACGUCCCGGUGGAGAUUCGGGAGAUUCGGGCUAUCAGUUUUGGCUGUGGAAACAACCCACUGGAAAGGUCCACAUACCGUAAUCUGGUCCUGGCCUUGCCGGGCGUGACUGCAGCAGCCCCAUUGAAGCCGCUGGCAGAUGCCUUUGUCACUGUGGAUGGGAUGAAGGUACCGCGGCGAGAGAUGUGUUAUGAGACGCGCGGUGUGGAGGUCGUCCUGUGGAAAGCGGUUUUACCGAGCAAUGCGACUGUGCGGAGGAUAUCCGUGUAUGGGAUCUUCCCACUGUCGUUGAAAGCGUUCGUGGACGAAACGUUGUGCGGUUCGAUUUCCUCGCCGGACGGAAAGAUGAGGGAGUUCUCCACGAUUUGUGAUUACGGAAUGGCUGAAACGCCGAUCGGUUUGGAAGGAAAGACUGUUGUAAUACAAAGAAUGGCGUCUGAUUUUAUCAGUACGGAUUCUCUGCCUAUCACGUUGUGUGAGGUAGAAGUGUGGGGCACAACGUAGUCUUUGAUGUCUGUUCCGGUUAUGUGCUCGGCCAUCAUGGCCGUAACCGAACUCAGAAGCAUGAUAUCCGCACCGGACCGCACGAUAUGGCUGCCUUUAGCCCCUGAUGUUGGCAGUUUGCUGUACAUCCGUUAACUUACAGUAAGUUGUACUUUUUCAUAUUUGCAUUUUUACAGCUUUGUCUGGGGUGGAGUUUAGCUUACAAGCAUGUCAUCAAUGUCAUGGCUGCUGCUACAUGAACGGUUUUUCAAUCAAUCUGUUUUGCUGGACUAACACAUACGCAUGAUAUUUGAGGAAUUUUGAGCAUUAGGAACACGCCUUAUGAGCGUGAUUGGGGAAAUAAAAAAUUCUGUAGUUGUAUGA